UCCUCAUGGAAAAUUAAUUCGAUAUUUUAUAGGCGACAGCUGUCAAACCAAUCUGAAAUAGACAUACUAAAAAAAUAACAACUUUUAGAUUUGCACAAUGUCACUAUUACAAACAAUAUCCUAUCCUGAAUAUCAAAAAGCUUUAGCACUUAAUAUUGAGUCAUGUGAAAUCUUAGCCAAUCUUGCAAAUUUGAAAUUAAAUUUUCAAAACAGUAAAAAACCAGGGGAAAUUUUGAUGAAAACUCUUGACCGGCAUGGUUACUCUGUGCAACAAUAUAGACAAUUAUUGACCACAGCAUUGAACACCAAGACAAUUUUGACUUACUAUAGACCUCAAAGCAAAGUUGCAAUACUCAUAGGAAACGAUAAAUACACUAAAUUAACAAACCUUGUAACACCAACAAUUGAUUGUGACUCUUUAGCGUCCAACUUAAAGAGAUUAGGCUUUAUAAUAAUUACUUUAAAGAAUUUGACUGCAGCUGAAUUGAAAUCAUAUUUAAGAAGAAUAUUUCAAUUGAUACCAGAGGAUUCUUAUACUUUUAUUUUCUAUGCUGGUCAUGGAUGUGAGCUAUGUAAUACGAGAUGUUUACUCUGUGUGGAUUGUCCUAUGGAAGAUAUCAGUAGUGAGCAUUGUGUGACGGAGAAUUGGCUGCUUAGAGAAGUGGCCAUAUGUAAACCCGAACUGUGUAUUUUGAUUUUAGACAUGUGCAGAAAUGUUUUGGAUAGGUUCACGAAUCCUAAAAUCUACAAAGCUAUGACUGCAGUUGAAGACUACACGAUUCAUCGUAAUCUCCUAGUAAGUUAUUCAACACAAUCAUCUGAAGUUGCUUACGAGUUGUUACAAAUUGAAUGUUCUACAACCAUAGAUUGUACAUAUGAAGUAAAAACUGGUGAUACGGAAAGAAUAAUGCCGGGGGCUAGUUUAUAUGCUAAUGCCUUAUGUACUAGAUUGGUGGAGAAUUUGGAUGUCAGCUCAAUGUUGGAUAGAGUACAUGGUGAUAUGGAAUCUUGUAUAAAACGGCAAAGACCUAUAAAGGUACAAUGUGGAGUUGCCAAGAGGUCGUUAUAUGAUCCUGUGAAAGGGGACUGGCAGAUAAUCUUAAAUAAAUUGAAAGAA